CGAGGGGAGGGAAAAAGACAAAACCGAAAAAAGGAGACGACUUCUAGACAGCGGCGGCCGGUUUUGAGUAGACCUAAGGGGUAUUGUAUCGGUGGAGCUGUGGAAAUCCAAAGCAAAAUGGGCGGCGGUAACGGAGCCAAGGCAGCGCAGAAGCGCGCCCGCAACAAGGAGAAGGCCGCCCCAGCCGCUAAAUCGCAGUUGAAGAGCAACUCGGCUGCCAUGAACAUUGUCUGCGUCACGUGCAAGCAGACCUUCCUAUCAACAUCUCGGGCGCCUCAACUUACACUACAUGCCGAGAACAAGCACAACGCUACCCUUGCGCAAUGUUUCCCCACCUUUACACCCUCGGACGCCAAAUGAACAAGCGGCAUGCCCUUUGAUUCACGACUGGACACGAUUUACGACACAAUGGCGGAGCGAGGGAAGGCUCUCUUGGUGUUGAGGAGAAGGCGUCGAGGGGAGGCGUAAUAAUACUGAUUUUCUACCAGCAUUCAUGUCUUUCUACUACUUCCGGAUCAUGGAUGAGCAGGAAGAGGGCAAUAGGCCAGUCAAUGUCUGCCCCUGCCGCAAUGCCUAGUCCAUCGAAUACGAGACAUGAAAUCCAAUCAUCUGCGGCGCAGUCCGCUGGCAAGCUGCUCAUUCACAACGUCUUAAUGUGCCUCCACGGGCUUACUGCUCGUGACAGGACCCUGAA